GAUGAUAAUUUUGUGCAAUUCGAAUUAUCAAGCAGAGCUAGUUGUGUAGUUAUGAUUUCAGUUUAACCUAUGGAUGUUUUGCUUAGAUAUAAUUUUGUGGAUUUUGAGAAAGUGUUACUGCGCAGCACUUGUCUCAUCUGGAAUAAAUGACGCAAGACGAUUAAUCUGUUUGCUUGCGAAUAUAUGGAUGUUGUAAGACUUGGAAUAGAAGAGCGCGCCUAAGGCAGUUUACUUGUGGUCGCAGUAUUGGUGGCAAAUGAAAAUAAUGUAAAUGGAAUCGGAAAUAGAAGAAAAAACGAAAUAGAGGAGCAUGAGUGACAAGCCGGCCCAAACGUCGUAGAUAAAUUUUAAUGAUGCACCGUUUCCUUGCACUGGUUCCAUGUCUGACGAUACUUAGUGCGUGCGCAACAUUGACCUUGACAUUUGAACAACCGUCAUGGCGGAACAUGGAAAAAUUACGACGCUCAAACUGCACAACAUGUAAGGAAAGCCUUGUAAUGAAUGUCCAAGAAGUGCUACCUAGAUUGACACUUAUCAAACAACGUAUACUAAAUGCCAUUGGUCGAAAUCCGGUGUCACAAAACGAUCUAUCCAAUGAUGUGGAUAACAUUGAAACUAGACACGCCCCGGAUGUACCCGAUCAACCUAUCACACCAAAACCCCAAAGGCGUAUAGGAUACCGCUUGAAUGAGAUUAUUAGUUAUUCUAAACCAGCAAACAGCGACCAUGAAGGGAAUGUGUUAGAAUUUAGUUUACAGCGCAGUAAACAGUCUGAAAAUGCGGAAGCCCUUGGUGCUUCGCUGUUACUCUACGUUGACAGACGACGAAAAAUUCGUAAAGGCGGGAAAGGAAAGAAGAUUGUUUUGAAAGUGUCACAGUUCAACAGAAACAAUAGUACUUGGCAGAAUUUGGCCGUGCUACGGACAAGAGUGAAGAAAAGGAGAUGGAAACGAAUAAGUUUACCGGUGAAAGCUGCACAGCAACUUUUAGACUCCGAACAAGGAUCGUUAGAUCUUAAAAUCUCCUGUAUAGGAUGUGGUAGAUUAGUGGAUUUAGUAUUAAAUAAAAACGCCAAUAAUGAUAUUAGUACAUUAGGUGCCGACAAAGAUGGGCUCGGAAUCAAUAAACUCAGAAGUGGUAAAAGUUACAGAAAGCGAAGACACAAAAGAAGAAAACAUGAAAAACUUCUGAAAAGAAGGCAGAAAAACAGUGGUACACCAAUUUUGGUUAUAAGCACGCGUGUGGAAGUUUGAUGAAGUUUGUUGACGUCACAUGUGAUGUCAUAGCAUAUGAGAUUUAAUUUAUAUAGAUUUAUGUAAUUGUCUUGGUAUGCGAGAAGCUAAUUAAUAUGUUAUACAUGUACGGGUUUGAGAUUUUUCUUUUAUAUAUUUCCAUUAUGUCAGAGUUUACAUUACUACAAUGCUACCAGUAUUUACAUUCAUACCAUAGGAUUUUAUAUUUAUGAAAUAAUAUAUAGACUAGCAUAACCUUGUUUUAACAUAUCGAAACAAUACAGUGAGGUUAUACGCUUGCGGAAUAACUUCACGCGGGCGUAACCCGAGUGAGCGAGUCGUAUUGAUGAGAUAUUUUAUAACAUGGUUCUGCUAGAGAUCUAUAUAUAAUUUCGAUUCUAAUAUGUCUUUUAUGUAAACAAGUGGGUGAAGUAGGGAAGCACUAUUUUAUUGCGCAUGUAUGGCGCCAAAUAUAGCGGGGCGACAUGACGUAAACGCGUCAUAGAUAUCUAAUUAGUUAUUGUCGCGCCUGAUAACCUACACAAUGUGUGUGAAUUAAAUGUAACACCAUUCCGUUAUAUCAUUUCACGUAAAGAAGUAGAUCAGAUAACGUAGCACUGUUUCUCGGCGCCUGCAUGGUGCAAAAUAAUGCGUCGACAUGGCGUCAGAUUUCUGUGUUGUAACGGAAAUGAGCAUAACGUUUUCAUAUAAGUUUAAAGCGGCAUUUAUAUGUAGAAAUGACAAUUAAUAUUAAACAUUUGCGGAAGCAGAAAGACAACAUCAGUUUUUUUUAUCGAGAUCGAGCCUGUGUCUUGGAAACGAGACCGAAACAAAUCAUGAAAGAGAGAAGCUGUAUCUAAAGAACGACAAAAAAGCUCAGGAUAGCACUAUGUUAUGGGAUUGAGAUUUAGAAAAAAAGUGAUAUAAUCUCUUUGCUUCCGUAGAAAUUACUAAGUCAUUUAACAGUUUAUAGCAGAUGUGCAUCACUGCCAAAUUACUGUUUUCCUGCAAGUACUCGUACGCGUUCGUGUGCAGUGAAACAUUGACAGUGUUUCUUUCUGUCUCAUCCGAAUUGUUGUGACUGACCAUGUGCAAUUUCAUCUUUCUGGUAGAUACUUCUUUCUUGGUUAAUAUCCCGGUGUUUUUGCUUGCAGUUCAGGUGUAAGUAUUGAGACUGUAUCAUUGUAAGCAAGAACUUCAGGAAAGAUAACUAGUCACUUUUCGGGAUAACCCUACUACAUACUUUGCUAUUGGUAAGUUUGAGCGAAGAAACAUCAGUAUCAAAACCUAUUGCCUUUCUUGUAUUUUGAAUAUGUUGAUAUAGAUGAUAGAAAAUUCUAUCCAAAUUGUAUAGUUACGUAUGUUUGCUAUCAUAGCUAGAAUUUGAAAUAAUUUUAACAGAGUAAUUAGAGAUUUCAUACUUGCACGAGUAAAACUUUCGUGCUGAAUUACCUUCUUUAUUUCAAUAAGCGUCUGAGGUGUCAAAGUUCAGUACAUUGCAAGUUAUUGACAAUAAAUCCGAUCAUGUUCAACUGUACUUGAAAACCCAAAACCUGGAAGUCUCUUAAAACGUGUAGAUUUGCCUGAAAAUAGCGAUCUAUUGGACAUCUAUUACCAGACGCUUAUUACGAUGUUAAGGAUUUUCUGCACGCACGUGUACUCUUACAGGCUCUCUUGAUUCAUUCUUAGUAUAAAUGAAACUAUACAACGCGAAUAUGUGCAAAUUUAUUACCAUCAAUGUAAUAAUGUAAUAUACAAGUGUUUGAUUAUCGGGUAAUUUAUUAUAAUCCCAAAGAAUCAAGCAGUUAAACAUGAGUUAAUAAAAAAGCAUGUCGAUGAGAUAAACCGAAGGAAAUUGAUAUUCAGUCAGAAAAUGGAAUAGAACUAUGUAUCUUCCAAAAAUUUACCACCCUUUAUAAAAAUCUUCAAGUAAGCAAUGUCUUUAACAUCCCACAUUUUCUUUGAUAAAAAGAAUUUUCACUGAACCAGCUUCGAAACCGUAUUUUCUGGUCUGGAUAGUUUAAGCAGCGUGAUAGAUUUUGACAGUUGCUGUCCCGUCACGUCCAAAUUAUUUCUGUUUAGGAAAUCCCAAAUGAAAUCUGUAUGGAAUGUUUUCUGGUACAUGUGCGAUGCAUUUGUUAUGAAUAAAUCACUGAUUAUGAAUUUAUGUUGACGUUAAAGCAUGAAAUUGACCCUCUGACCUUUUCAAGAGAGUUAUUGUUUUUCUAUAGCCGCUUCUUAUUGCUAUCUUCACGUAUGUAAACUACAUAGUUACUCUUGGAAAAAAUAUCUAUAGCUAUAAUAAUUUGACUGGAGUCGACUACGCUAGCCAUGCAGCAGCCAUUUUGUUUUAAUCAGCAUUAUUGACUGGAUAUGGAAUAUAUCCUGUUUGCACGUGAUGUCUAUUAACCAAAAGAAAUACAAGAAACUUGUAGAAGGCGAGAAAGUAUGAGGUUAUUUAACAGUGUUGAGUACAAUACUGAAUUGUUUUGGAUGAGUAGAUAGCAGUUAUUACCCAUAUUUGGACGAGGCGAUAUGGUUUACUCUAACAUGGCUCGAAUUGAUCUAUCUCCAGUUAAACAAAUAAGGAGACCAAGCUCUGUAUAUUCUGCGAUAAACAACGGUUGACGCGCGGACCGGUAAGAGAGCAUUAUGACGUCAAUUAUGACGUCAAAUUGCCGCAUGACGUCCGAUACAUUUCUCCUUGGAUAAAUGAAGUCUAGCAUAAUAUUUAUUAAAAUAUGUCAAUGAGCUUGUCAAAAUGAAAACAAUCAAGGCCUUCUUAUGAUUUAUCGUCUAAUUUACCACGGUUCAUUGUUCAGGUGCUUCAGUAUUUUACCGCCCUACGCAUCUGAACUCUGAACCGUGGUAAAUUAGACGAUAAACCACUCGAAGGCCUUGAUUAUUUGUUAAAUUACUGCUGUGUACGAGUCCAGUUGAAUUCAGUAUUGUAGCCAACACUGUUAAAUUACCUCUUUAUUUCAUAUCAUAAUAAAAAGAAUUGACAGAAAAAUAAAUAUUCAAACCUUUUUAAAUGUCGAUUGGAAACAUUUCCAAAUACUUCACAACAACCAUUAGGAGAUGAUAUUCUUCUCUCAUAAUAUGUAUGUUAAUGUUAGAUGUGUGUGUUAGCAUGCUCAAAAACAUUGAAACCAAUUUUUCAUCAGUUUUAAGCGAAACCAUGUCGGAUAGGAAAAUUCUAGCUAACACACCUAGAUUAAGAAAGUUAUCGCAGUUUUUCUGCAUUAUACAAGGGAAGUAACCCCGAACGACCAUUUGCAUUAAGGAAUCGGAAGAGUUGUCCCGCCCAAUACGAAAAAAAUGAUAUUUUGGACAAAUAUGACCCUUUAGGACGUCGGUUUAGGAUAUUGUAAAAAUAUAGUACAUAAAAAACAUGGAUACAUUUUAAAUUACACAAUACUGGAUUCUAUUGUAUCGUCACGAGACAGAAAGGAAAGAUUUCAAUUGACUGAAUUAAUAUAGGUAUGAAAUAAAAUGUAAUAUUGUGACAUCAGUAAAUGAUUCAUAAACGUUUUAGAUAUGUUUGAUAAAUUAUCAAUUAUUAAUACGAAUGUAUUAUAUAAAUGUGGUAUAAUAUAUUAGUUGAUAUAAUAAAUAUAUUAAUUUUAUCCUAAUUUUUGUGCAUCAGUACCAAUGAAUUAGGAAAUGGUAAUAUAUUCUAUAGAUACAAGAAGAAAAAUACAUUGUAAAAAUGUACUGAGCGCUCUAUUUAAAAUAUAAAGCAGCGUGUUAUGAACACACCUGACCUUUUUGAUAUCGUUUUACCUCAUUUAAAUUGUAUCCAAUAUAGCAGUUGACAUAGUAACUAAAUUUUAUGCGAAAUUCCUCUAAAGUA